GUGCCCCCCGGGCCCCGUAACGGCGGCGCGGCGGCGGCCGGGCGGCCCUCGCUGAGCAGCAGCGGGGAGUUCUACGACCUCGCCUUCAAGGUGAUGCUGGUGGGAGACUCAGGGGUCGGCAAGACCUGCCUGCUGGUGCGCUUCAAGGACGGCGCCUUCCUCGCCGGCAGCUUCAUCUCCACGGUGGGCAUCGACUUCAGGAACAAGGUGCUGACGGUGGAUGGGGUGAAGGUGAAGCUGCAGAUCUGGGACACGGCCGGGCAGGAGCGCUUCCGCAGCGUCACCCACGCCUACUACCGGGAUGCGCACGCCCUGCUCCUGCUCUACGAUGUCACCAACAAAGCGUCCUUUGACAACAUCCAGGCUUGGCUGACAGAGAUCCACGAGUAUGCACAGCAGGAUGUGGUCCUCAUGUUACUGGGAAACAAGGUGGAUUCAGCCCAGGACAGAGUGGUGAAAAGGGAAGAGGGAGAGAAGCUUGCCAAGGAGUAUGGAGUGCCCUUCAUGGAGACCAGCGCCAAGAGCGGCCUCAACGUGGAAUUAGCCUUCACAGCCAUCGCCAAGGAGCUGAAGCACAGGUCCAUGAAGCUGCCCAACGAGCCCAAAUUCAAGCUCCACGACUACGUGAAGAAGGAAGUGCGAGGCUCGGGCUGCUGCAGGUCCUAACGUGUGCUUGUACAGAGACUCAGCCCCUGGGCAGUGUGUGCAUGUCUGUCUGUCGUGUCUGUGUCUGCCCCAGGGCCAGCUGGGCACAGGAGCAGCAGGAGAGGCUCUCUGGGAUCCGCAGCCCCCUGGCACCCAUCGGCUCCGGCUGCCCUCGCCAGCAUUCCUGCCCUGCUCACGGCUGGGAGGGGGCUGUGGGAAGGGGCUGGGGUCUCUUCUGUGCCUGCUCUGUGAGGCUGCUGUCACCUGUGUGAGAGCCAGGGUGAGAUGCAGGGCAACCAACACCUUCUCCCCACCUAGGAGGAAAAAAUGGUGAUUUUUUUCUGGGUAGGAGAAGGUCCUGAAUUCCCUUUUCUCUCCGUGUGUCCCUGGAAUUCAGCUGAGAGCCCUGGCCUGGGGCGUGCAGGAAGGAUGUGUUUGAAGGCAGCCGUUCUCGUAGGUGCUUUCUGCUGUCUGUCCAUCCCUGUGAGGUGGGACACGCUUCCACAGUGAGGGAUUGUUCCCUGCAAAGGCACAGCUUGGCUGUCCGAGUGAGCUCCUGCACACCUGGCUGUACAGAGAUUUCUGAGUGUUCACCCUGUGGGAAAGGCUCUGCUUCUCCUCCUUCCGCCCUUUCUAGUACUUUGAGAAGAACCCUAAUGUACUGCAGCUUAUUCUAAAUUCCUUCUGUAAGCGUGAUGGUGUUUUCAGACCGCAACAACGCUUUGAUAUCUUCAAAGUUCUCUUGGGCAGCUCUUUCUUUUCAGCGCGGAGCUGGGGGGAAGCUGCAGGCAGUGAUUUCACAGGCUGCAGCCUCCUGCCAGCUCUCUUCAAGGGCCUCCUCACCCCUUUGGUCUGUGUCAGGCUUUUGGCUGGUUUUUUGUCAAGCUGCACUUCUCAGUACAAAUUUGAAUCUGGA